AUGGCACCGCCAUCACUUGCGUUGCAACGAUUCGGAACUAGCUGGUCUCAUACCAACCAACGGCCCGCCGCCAUGUCUUUCAACAUAAUAUCAAGCUUGCGGUUGCUCCUGGCAUGUCUGGUCGUUGUCGUAGGCGCUCGAUCGGCAUCGGCUGCGGUAAGGAGAUCUUCCGCCAAGCCCAAUUUUGUGUACAUCAUUGUCGAUGAUCAAGACUUUUCCACGGCCAACCCGCACAUCAUGCCUAGGCUGACCGAGAGAAUUGCCUCCCAAGGUACCAACUUCACACACUUCUAUACUCCCAUGUCGAUCUGCUGCCCUUCGAGGGUGGGAUUUCUCCGAGGCCAGCAUGGUCAUUCACACAACGUGACCAACGUAGCCCUGCCAUCAGCUUGGUUCGAUGAUCCGAUCGAACGCGAAACAGACGGCGGCUGGACUCGUUUUGUCGCCCAAGGCUACCGUCGGGACUACCUUCCCACCUGGCUUCAAGAGGCCGGCUACAGCACCUACUACACGGGCAAGCUUAUGAAUGGAAACACGGUCAAGAACUGGCAGGCGAGCCCGGUCCUUGGCUUCAAUCGAAGCGCGAUUCUCAACGAUCCGUUCACCUACGUCUACAACAAUGCAUCUUUCUCGAUUGACGGGCAGCAGCUGGUGCAGUACGAGGGUCAAUACAGCACCGACGUCGUCCGCGAUUUCGGCCUGCAGUACUUGGAGGAAGCCGCUUCUUCAGGUCAGCCUUUCUUCGUUGGGAUUGCACCAAUUGGACCCCACGCGGAGACAACGUUCGUCAAUGGCUCGGCGGUUUUCUCGAAUCCAGUACCUGCAAAGCGACACAAAGACUUGUUUGCUACCGAAGUUGCGCCGCGAAAGAGCUCGUUCAACGCGGACCAUCCUUCCGGUGCUGGUUUCAUCCGGGAUCUCCCGCGUCUGAACAGCUCGGUGGUCGACUACCUUGACGAAUGGUACCGCGACCGCUUGCGCUCCUUGCAAGCCGUCGACGAGCUGGUCGGUGCUGUGAUGGACAAGGCAGAGCAGCUCGGCAUCCUCGACAAUACCUACUUUAUCUACUCGUCAGACAACGGCUACUCUGUCGGAGAGCAUCGGCGCCAGCCAGGAAAGACCACCGGCUACGAAGAAGACAUCCGAGUCCCCCUCUACAUUCGCGGACCUGGCAUCAGCAGCGGCAGCAAGCAAGACGCCGUGUACAGCAACAUCGACCUGACGGCUAGCAUCGUGGAGAAGGCCCAGGCGCAGCCGAGCUACGACCUUGAUGGACGCGUCAUGGCCUGGGCGGGAGACAAGACCAGCUUCCGCAAGUCCGGUUCCGCCACUCAUCAUCUGAGCGAGUUUUGGGUCUCGCAGACGGACGGCGAGGGCAAGUACUCGGGCGAAGGUCCGGUCAUCUUGAAAUACAGAACUCUUCGCGUCAAGGACGGCGAGCACGACCUUUCGUACACCGUCUGGUGUACCGGAGAGCGAGAGCUCUACGACAUGACCAAGGACUUGGACCAGAUGAACAAUCUUGUCGGGCAGCUAGCUUUUUACAGCAGCCUCAACAGCACGAGCAGCGACGCCGAAAAGAUUGCAUCGCGCAUGGAUGCCCUUCUCCUCCAUCUGAAGACGUGUCACGGCAGUCUCUGCCGACGCUUGUGGUACAAUCUCUUCCCCGAAGGACAGGUGCAAGAUCUGAGCAGCGCACUGCAGACCCGCUGGGAUGGCUACUUUGACUCGAUGCCCCGAGUACGCUUUGACAACUGCCGGGACGGAUACUUUCCCACGGAGGAGCUGCCGGCCUGGCGCAACGAGCUUGUCUACGUGGAUCCGGCUCUUCUGGCAUAG